AUGGAAACUGCAGUGUGCAGACCAAUCCUUUCUCCCACUCACAUCAAUGCUACAGCUUCUGAAGCAUUCACGGUACUUCAGCAAAGGAUGAGAAUAGUGGAGGAACAGACCAGCUCUUUGAGGAAUGAUCUAAUCAUGUUGGACUAUGAUGACAAAAGAGGCCAAAUGGAAGCUCCAAGCUGUUCAGAAGACUCGACCAGCCAGAGAGUCAUUACUCCUGUCCAGAACGAAGUAGUAAACUCAGGAAAAACAGAUGUUUUAUGGAAGAACUGUGAGUUUCUGGUCAAUCGAAUGUGUCAUCUGGAAAGCCUCAUCCAGUCCUUGAAGCUGAACAUUUUUCGUAUACAAACUGAAAAGGAUUUAAAUCCACAGAAAACAGCUUUUCUGAAGGAUCGAUUAAAUAUAAUACAGGAGGAGCAUUCCAAAGACCUGAAGCUGUUGCAUCUUGAAGUGAUGAAUUUGCGCCAGCAACUGAGAAGUGUGAAAGAAGAAGAAGACAAGGCACAAGAUGAAGUACAGAGGUUGACUGCCACUCUGGAGAUUGCCUCGGAAACAAAGAAGAAUGCAGCCAUUAUUGAAGAGGAACUAAAGACCACAAAACGUAAAAUGAACUUUAAAAUUCAAGAGCUAAGACGACAACUGGCUCAGGAGAAACACCUCAGGGAAUCUCUAGAGAAAUCUGGAUCAGCCAUGCUUCUCAAAAUACAAGAAAUGGGAUCAACUGUGGAGGUGGAACGGAAACAGGUGCACAUUUUGCAGCAAAACUGUAUUGCCCUGCGCGGCUCCAUACAGAACACCCAAGAACUACUGGUACAGGAGCAGCAAAAGAAAGGACAGUUGGAGUCUGCUACUUCGCAACUCAAGUUUGAUAUAAUUUCCAGAGAUGACCUCAUUUCGAAGUUGGCUGAAGAAAAUAAGAAUUUGCAGAUGUCUUUAAACAAAGAACAGGAAGAAAAUGCAAAUUUGAGGUCUGAAAUCAUAACUCUUCAGGAACAAUCAGAGAAGACACAGGUUUUGAAUGACCAACUGAGUAGAAAGUGUUCAGAAUUAAACAUCAUGCUUCAGACUGUCAGUAUGGAAAAUGCCAGAAUCAUUGCUGACCAUCAAGCCAUCCUACAGGUAGGACAGAAAAUGAUGACUCAGACAUUUCAGGAACAAAGCCUAAUACUGAGUGCAGCUCAUGCCACCAUCACCAGUGAGCUACAGACAGUAGAGAAUGAGAAAACCCAACUCCAAGAACAUCUGGACCAUUUAAUCCUUGAGCAUAAUCAGUGUGUACACAAAGCACAGGAGGCUGAGAAUAGGGCAGCUUUGCAAAAAGAACUUCUGGAAUCAACUAUUGCUAGGCUGAGAGGUGAAUUGGAAGUGUCAAUUCAAGAGAAUAAGUGUCUACUGGAAGAGAAAGAAAGAUUUCAGAGAGAGAUUAAUAAAACAGAAAAAGAAACAAAACAAGAGAAACACAAUAUGGAAACGGAAUUAGCUAAAAACAAGGCAGACAUAAAUACAUUAAAUGAAAACCUGCAGACUCUAUUGGAAGAAAAUAAAAACCUGGCAAAUCAAAUGGCUUCCCUAGACGUUCAGCAAGUCACUUCGGAUUACCAUGGGCUUGCCCACCAGAAGGUAGAAAAAGUCUUGGGAAAAAUUACGGAGAGUAAAAACAAACUGGCUUAUGAAAAGGGAAAGCUCCAGAUAAAAGUUAAACAGCUUGAACAACAACUACAUGCUUUUACUGAAACCAACCAACAGAAUGACCACCUAUGCAAGCUGAAUAAGGCUCUAGAGGCCAAAUAUGACCAGGUGAAAUCUAUUCUUGAAAAAAAUGAAGAGGAGCUGUGCCAAGCAGUGAAGUCUCGCGAUGAGGCACUAAAAGAGAGUCAGAGGCUCAAGGGCAACCUGGAGGCUUUGGAGGACAGAGAAAGCAAGAAGGUAGGAAAUUUCCAGCGACAAUUGGCAGAGGCUAAAGAAGACAACUGCAAAGUUACCAUCAUGUUGGAGAAUGUGCUGGCUUCUCACAGUAAGAUGCAAGGUGCUCUGGAAAAAGUACAGAUAGAGCUCGGGCGCAGGGACUCGGAGAUUGCAGGCCUCAAGAAAGAAAGAGCUCUAAAUCAACAACGGGUACAGAAACUCGAAGCCGAAGUGGAUCAGUGGCAGGCUAGAAUGCUUGUUGUGGAUGCCCAGCAUAGCAGUGAGAUGGAGCCACUACAGAAGGCUCUGGAUACAGCUAGAGAAGACAAUAGGAAACUGGCUAUGAGCUUGGAGCAAGCUCUCCAGACAAAUAAUAACCUGCAAACAAAACUAGAUCACAUUCAAGAGAAAUUGGAAAACAAAGAACUUGAGCGGCAGAAUUUGGAAACCUUCAAAGAACGGAUGACUGAAGAAUCCAAAGUGGAAGCAGAAAUGCAUGCUGAACGCAUAGAAGCUCUAAGAAAGCAGUUUCAAACAGAGAGAGAAACUACAAAGAAGGCAGCACAACGGGAGGUUGCUGAGCUGAAGAAAGCCCUUGAUGAAGCCAACUUCAGAUCCGUGGAAGUGUCUCGGACCAACCGGGAGCUGCGGCAGAAAAUUACAGAACUAGAAAAAGUGCUAAACAGUAACAAGGAGAAAAUAAAGAAUCAGAAAGCCCAGAUUAAGCUCUACUUGUCAGCUAAAGCGAAUAAUGUUCAGAACGUCGAGAGGAUGAAGCAAAUAGAAACAGAAUUGAGGCAAAUGGAGCUCAUUAAGGACCAAUAUCAGAAAAAAAACUUUGAGCAGUCAUUGAGCAUCCAGAGAUUUGUUUCGGAAAUGAGUAACCUGCAGAAGGAGAUGCAGCUGUUGGCCAAGAGUCAGUACGAUACCUCAGCACGGAAUAAACAGCAAGAGCUGCGACUGGAGACAGAGAGGAAAAUAAGACAGGAAUUAGAGAAUCGAUGUCGGGAAUUGGAAGAUACUGUCAGACACCUGAGGAAAUGUAAAGAGGCAACAGAGAAUAAGCUGAAGGAAGCCAGUGUGGAAUCGGAACAGAUAACAGCUAACCUGGAAGAAGCUCACCGCUGGUUUAAGUGCAGAUUUGAUGGCCUACAACUUGAGCUGACAAAGAACCGGCUACAAAGGCUUCCCCGGGAAGACAGGUGGCAGGAAGAGGACCAAGAUAAAAGGCACAAUAACAUGCCCUUCCAGUCUGCUCUGCAACGAUGGGAGACUAAACAGAAUCUUAGGCUUAUGCCCAAGAAGUAUCAUUCUGACAUAGAGAGGAAGUGAUGUCCUUGACAAAGGAGCUUCUUCAUGUAUUGCCACACCUCCACGAUUUCACCAGCCCAACAACUGGGGCUGGCCUGUUUCUACAAUCAUAAGAACGUGACGUUUUUGAUGUGGGCUAAAGAUUUUGAGCCGUAGUUUAUCCUUCUAUGAACUCUUUUAUAUCAAUACUGAACCACCCCAUCUUUAUUGUCCUUUUCCCUGUUUUCCACUCAAUAAAUUUAUAUUAAUUUG